AUGGUCAGCGACGAUAUGAAACGGAUUUCGGAUAGCAACAAGCUGAUAAUGACCAAUAUAUAUGCUGAUAAAAUGAGAUUUGAAAAUAAGAGAAAUAAAUGUGAUGUGGUUGGUUUUGUAAAUGGUAACCACGUUAAUAAGUUUAAUAAUGAAAAUUGUAAUGAUGAAAAUACUAUGGAUGAUAACAGCAACGGGAGGGAAGGGGUUGCAAAUAAUAGGAAUCAUAAAUGUGAAUUGAGGUUUAAAGUUGGGCUUAGGUCUAAUGAAGGUGAAAAUAGGAAUAAGAAUGAUACUAAUAGUAAUAAAAAUAAAAAUAUACAUAUUACUAAUAGAUACAGGAAUGGCCUUGCAUUUCGUACAUCAAGUCAAGCAACAUAUUGUAAUCCCAUUAUUAAUACUAAGUCUAGGAUUCGUCAAGUUACCUGGUAUGCCCCUCCCUUUUCAUUACGGGUGAAAGGUUUACCAAAGCUAUUUUUUAAGUUAUUGAAGGAAAAUUUCCCAAAACACCAUAAGUACUAUUCAAUAUGUAACAAGUCAACAAUCAAGGUGGCCUACUCAGACACUCCCAAUGUUGUAUCUAUUGUUGCUUCGUUGAACAGAAAUAAAAUAAGGCGCUAUAAUGAUAGAAAUGAUGACAGAAGCUUUAGUGGAAAAUUCAUUAACGACAUAGAAGAUAGUAGUAAUAUUAAUAGUACGUCUUCUGAAAUCGAUUAUGAAGGGCGUGUUGGAAUGACAAAUAAUGCAAAUAGUAGAAAUAAUCAUAAUAAUGAUGUUGGUGAUGAUAUUAGUGAUUAUAAUGAUUAUCAGGGUGGUACUAAUAGUGUUAAUUGUAGUGAUAAUGUUUCAAAUCAUAUGACUUUCAGUAUGAAGUUACCAGUUGCACUGCUGUUGAUAGCGGGUAUAUCCAUUACAAAAGUCCAAGGUAAGCAUCAAAAGAUGAUGGAUAUUUCUGACUUGAGGAAUUCAGAUAAACUUUAA